AUGUCCAUGUCGAGCAUCUUCCGCAAAAAGUCACGCACGCCGCUCUUUGAGCUUCCCGCCCUCCCGUCAACACUUAUGCCAGGAGUCGACGACAGCAGCGCUCCCGACACGCGCAUGCUGUCUUCUCUCGGAGGCUGCGUUGGUACGGUCUCGACGGUCGUCGAAGAGUCGCUCCUCCCCCUGAGCCCCACAGGCCCAGACUUUAGGCGGCGGCAGAGCACCGCCAGCGCCAUGAGCUCUGCGUCGUCCGCCGUCCUCGCCACCCCCACCUAUCCGUCUGAUCCGAUGUGGCAGCAGCGCAAGCUUAGCAGCAGCGAUAGCUCGCAUAAGCAGUUUGAGGUGGUCGAGGGUGUCGAAAGCGACGAUGAUACGGACUGCUCUGCGAUCCGCAUUAAGGCGCCGACGCCCAACGGCGACGCGGACUCAAUCUCGAGCCAGCCCAGCAGCGCCUCGGCACUUAUGACGACGUAUCAGAGCGACCUGUUUGCGCCACGCAACGACGAGUACGACAUGAGCAAGCUCCUGGCAGCGCUCGGCGAGGACAUUCAGCGCGACGAGCAGGCGACCGUGUCGCCGUUCGGGUUCGAGACGAUCGGGCGCGGCCGCGACGCAAAGUUCUUCAAGGAUCGCGAGGUCAUUGUCGACACUGAGGACUUCUACGUGCCCACUUUCCAGACCAAGCACACGACCACGGGAUUCCGUAAGCACGAGCCCGGUACGCGCUUCAGCGGCCUCCGCGAGCACCUCAACGCGACACGUGCCGGCGGCCGCAUCCCGCCGGGGCCUGCUCGGCCGAUGCGAGCCAUCCCCGAGCCACGCUAACAACGCGUCAAGUACAACGCGUCGAGUCGCGUCGUCUGUGCACAACUCUGCCUAAUCAGAGAGACGCAUUUGACGCUCAGCUUCGAGUUUCCUCAGUAC